AUGACCGAGUUGCACCAAGCUGCUGCAGCAGGCGAUUUUGACCAAGUUGAGGACAUUCUGAGGCAAAGUAAAUGCGAUCCCAACCAGAGGGACAUCGACUGGAGCCACAAGACACCUCUUCACUGGGCCGCGGCUAAAGGACAUACAGAAACCGUCAGGAUCCUCAUUGAGCAUGGAGCGAGGCCAUGUCUGAGGACAGAGCACGGAUGGACUCCUGCCCACUUUGCAGCAGAGUCUGGCCGGCUGGCCGUGCUGCGGCUGCUGCACUCCCUCCAUGCUCCCAUAGACAAGGAGGACUGCUGUGGAGACAAACCAGUGCGGAUAGCCGAAAUAUAUGGACACCAGGACUGCGUCCGAUUCCUUAAAAAAGCAGAGACUGAGUGCCAGGCGUACCGCAAGAUGGCAGCCCAAAAAGGGAUUUCAAUGGAUGACACAGACGAGGAGUGGACAGAACAGGGCAAAGAAAAUGAAGAAAACAGGAUCUCUAAAAGCAGCAUUCAGAUGUUGGCCUAA